AUGACCACAGACAGACACUUCCACCUCUUCCCCUCUCUCCCCCCGGAACUCCAAGACCACAUCUGGAGCCUAGCCGUGCGCCCCCUCCCAGGCCCCAACCACAUCCACACUUUCUACCUGGCAGACCACUACGUCAACAAAGCCACCGUCAGCAACAAAUACCAAGCCGACUUUCUCCACUUCAACCCCGGCAGACACGGAUGGACCCUCGGCGUUCCCCGCGAAGCCAACCGCUCCGCCUACCGCCUCGACAGCGGGCUCUGGCGCGCCUGUCGCCAAAGCCGAAAGGCGCUGAUGAACUACUUCGGGAGUAAUAAAUACUGGGCCGCAGAAUUAGACGAGUUCCAGCCCUCCCCAUCAGCAGAAAUAGACAUCUGCGACGAGAAGGAGAGCGAAAGCGGCAAACCAGCCUCAAGUAUCUCGCAUACAGGCGUGUAUAUCGACACCAACAACGAAAAGCAAUACAUCACCAUCCGCCCAAAGACGGAUCUCGUGCACAUCCUCGACCCCGUCGGCCACUACUGGUUCCAUCAGUACGCGGGCGACUAUGUGCCGCUCUUUGAUGCGCCCGCGCGCGGGUGGGGAUCCGGGCAGGGCGGGCCUGGGUUUGUAGGGCAGAAUGUUGCGGUGGAUUUUGACCCAGACUGGGCCGAGGGGAUUUCGGGGGCGUUGGCUGAUAUGCUGGAUGUGUUGUAUACGGAUGCGGUAAGGACGGUGUGGUUUGUUGAUUAUCGGUUGGAGAGGCGGGAUAUACAGGAUGGGAGGGGUGUAGGGUCUACUCAUAAUACUGAUGCUGGAUCGGAAGGAAUGGUGUUUUAUGGGUGGGGGUAUAGGCUUGUAGAGGUGAAGAGGGAGCAGCUGGGGUUGUGGCUGGAGCCUGGCAGCAAGACGGCGUUUGACCUUUUUGACCGGUUUGAGAGGGAUACGAAUGGGCGGCUGGAGGUUGAUGAUCCAGACCGACUGGGAGUGUUGGCUGUGGAGUCUAUAUAG